AUGUCUGGUGAUAAGAAGGACUUUAUGUCUCUUUUUGAUUCAAUUGAUAAGGUUAAUUUUGAUCAAGAUACAGAAGGGUUUUCUGUAGAAAAUAUCCAGGAUGAAAAGACAGUUCUUGAGUUUUUAGAUAGUAUAUCAAGGCAAAAACCUGUUUAUAAAUAUGAGGAGAAUAAGGUAGAAGAAGAAGCAGCAGAAAAAGAAGCAGAAAAAACCGUUUUAAUAAAGGAAAACUAUGUUGAAAAUGGUCCAAUUGAUGAUACAGAAAAAACACCAAGAAACUCUAAAGAAACAUGGUUUAAUGGGCUUCUAAAUAAUGCCUCAUUUUUUGUUAAACAGGCAGAAGAAAAGGUUAAGCAAUUUCAGCAAUCAGAAGGAAAAAAGAUUCAAAAACGAGUGACUCAAUUUAUAGAUAUUGAUACACUCGGAAAACUUGGUAUAGAGAUGGACUAUGUUAAAAAAAACUCAUAUAUGGACUUAGGAGAACAUAUAAAAUCAUAUUCUAUAUCAUCUUUAUCAUCAACAUUUAAUUCAGUAUUAAAUGUAGUAGCACCACCUAUUUCAUUACAUGAAAUUCUAGAAAUAGAGAUAUAUCAUGAUCUAACAUUUUUUAAGAAGAUAGAAGAUGUGGUAUAUUCAGUAUUUGAUGAGGUUAUGUCACAGAUAGAAAAUGAAGAUGUUAUUGUACAAAAGGGAAAAAAGGAUUCUAUGCUUGUAGAAGCAUCUGGGGAGUUUUGUAUAAGUGAAGGGAUUGAGGAGGCAAUAAAAUUAGCAAAGAAUCGUAUUGAACCAUUUCUGGGGUCAAAGAAAAGGAAAAUAGGAUUUUCUGAAUCAUUAACAGUGUAUAUGUCAUGUAUUUAUUUAUCAAUUCAGGCAUAUUCAUUUGAUUUACAAGAUACGAUAUUAAAUGAAGCAAAAGAUAUAAAUAAAAAUGAAAGAAUGCUUUGUUUUGUGGUACAUUUAAAUGAUCCUCAGAGAAAAAUUGAGUUUUCAGUUCAUAGUCAAGCAUUGCCAGUUGAAUGGAUUAAUAAAAUAAAUAGUAAAGAUUCAGAAUUAUUGGAUGAUUAUUUGGAUCAGAUAAAUGAAUGGGUUGAAAAAACGUUACGACUCUGUAUCGGAAUUGUUGCGCAAUCUUAUAUAGAAAAACGUAAUAGUAAAAAUGAAGUGCUUGAAGAUAAAUGUUUGCCGGCAAAUGUUUCUUAA